GGUAUAACCAGGAAUGAGGCUAUAAACAAAGACAAACAAUCUGACAAACGUCUUUGUCUAUUUAACCCACUUUACUUCUAAACUACCUACAGGAUUUAUUAUGUUGGAAUUUAUAGACAUUGACUAUAGGGUGUCGUGUAAACCUUCCGUUAACGUUUACAACCAGGUAGAGCGCAUUAAACUGAACAGAAAAGUCCUUUAUCAAUUUUUAUAUUUUUGCAAUUUUCGCAAUAGUUAAUGAGUUAUUGAUUACACAAGUACACAAAAAAAGUAGUGUUUCUUUUUGAAAUUAGGAAAAAAUGAGUCAAUUCAAUUCUGACCUUGGAUUUGAAUUUAGCGAGUCAAAAUACGGAUUGAUUAGUCUGGUCCGCCGGACCAACCACUUUUUUUGUGUGCCUGUGUAAUCAACAACUUAUUAACUAUUGCGAAAAUUGCAAAAUGGUAAAGGACUUUUCUGAUCGGUUUAAUGCGCUCUACCUGCUUGUAAACGUUGACGGAAAGUUUACACCCUAUAUCCAGCUUCAAUAUUUUAUCCAUAUUUUAUAAACAUAGAAAGCUUUAAAAUAAAAUCACGUUUUUAUCAUAUCCUAUUAUUACGAAGCAACUAUUAAUUAGCUUGAUAUUCCCAUACACUAAAAAGCUGAUAAUGUGUAAAACGUGAAUUGAUCAAACACCCAAUGAUAAAUUGGUCGACGCCAAGAAAAAAUAUUUACGUUUGCGAGAAGACAGGUAAAACUACUUUAUUAAAAGAGAAAAAUUAUGUUUUUUUGAUCAAAAAUAUAAGCAAACGAGAUUACAAAAACUUAUUUUAACUCAAGUUACAAUUUGAAAUUCAAAAGAAGUCGAUAUCGCCCUGGAGAUAUUAAAAAUUAUAUAAGCGUAUUGAUAACAAUUCUGAUAGAAUUAAUUUCUGAAAUUAAUUGAAAAAAAAUAUUACUGUAAAAAUGUCGAAAUUAAUAGUUUGAGGGCCACUUGUACCAAACUCUGAUUAACUUAAUCGUUAAUUAGUCCAUUGAAAUUGACCAAUCGUAUUUGUCGUUAAGCAAAAAUUAACAAAUGCGAUUGGUCAAUUUCAAUGGACUAAUCAACGAUUAAGUUAAUCAGAGUUGGUGCAAGUGGCCCUGAAGUUAUAUAAAUUAAUUUGUCACGACUGAAAAGUCUACAUCAAAAAUAAGAUAAACUCUUUCUAUUCUUCUGCGAACUACAAAAAUUAUACGCGUCCUCUCCCUGCGUAUUAUCAUAUAGAUCCAACGAUCACCAAGGAAACACAACAAUAUAACAUGACACUUCUUAUCAACAACCGUCAGUAACGUUCUCGCAUUACGAAGUUUUUAUAUUAAUCGUGUAUCUUCUACUUGCACUUUUCGUAAUGAAUUUAUAACUUGAACAAUAAUUUUACUGGAAAUUAAUAGAAUUUUUAUCAGUAUGCAACAAGCGCAAAUGUUACCUUGCCUCCCAGGCUUUAACGUUGACAAAAACCUUGGUAGAACGAGAUUUCACAAACGCCAACAUUUCGGCAAGAUACACGAUGGAGUUUAUUAUUUAGCCGAGAAAGCGGAUACGAGAGCGUAUAGCCGUUAUUCGUACGUCUAUCCCCGAGGGGAAGAGCCAAAAACUCCGCCGUGGCUCGCGUACGACGGACAAAGACUCGUGUUCAAAGCCUUUUUCCAAGAGACCGUGCAAGAGAAGUGGAAAACGGCCUUCCACGUUCGCGUGGUGAACAUUAGCUUUUUCCUCGAAGAUGGAACGAUGAAAAUCGUGGAGCCAUCCGUGGACAAUAGUGGUCUUGAGCAAGGUGUUUUGGUCAGACGUCAAAGGGUGCCAAUCCCCGACUCGGUGAAGUAUAGAUAUUACGAUAUACUUGACUUAAAUGUCGGCAAGGAGCCCGAGAUAUAUGGACGAGUGUAUAAAAUCGUGGACUGCGAUAAAUUCACGAGGCAAUUCCUUAAUCGUCUGGGAAUACCAGUACCCGAUCCGCUCGAUAUACCAAAAGAUCCGUAUCGCGAAAUUCGAAAAGACGAAGCAUUUCCGAAGAAACCUAAUCGCAUGGUGGAUACUCUCGGGAACUUUUUGAAGUACGACAGGCAAGUGCUCCGAUUUUACGGAUACUGGGAUGAUACCGAGAGUCCUCAUGGUAUUAUUCACGAUCUCGAACUGCAUUAUUAUCUCUCUGACAAUACAAUCGAGGUCAAGGAGAUCGUAUUGCCGAACGCUGGUCGAGACUCCGGUCCAAUGCUCGUUAAAAGGAUGAAGAUACCGAAAUUUUAUAGCGGCUCACAACCACUCGGCGUGGAUAGUCGUUUCACGGUUCUAAACGUGUUAGGCGAGAAUGCGAGGCACAGCUAUUAUAUGAUAGAUUCUCUAGACACUGGCAAGACCGUGACGGAUUAUUACAAAGACAAUGAGUUGGGCAUCGGAGCGGAAAUUAAUGUUUUCGGUAGAAGAGUUAUCAUCACAGACAUGGACGCUUUUACCAAGGAAUAUUAUCGAACGAAGUACGGCUUGGAUGACUUCACGUCUCUGAUAAGACCACGAAAAGCGGACGACAUGUAUCAGAAGGUUGAGAGAUACAUACCACCCUACAACGGUUUUGGGUCUUACGAUGACUCUCUCGGGAAUUGCUUCACGGUGGUGCCGAAACCGCCCAAGACGGACUUCAUCAAGUUUCUAUAUCACGACAGGCAGGGCUUUAACAGCCACAUCUUGAGAUUCCGGGCAAAAAUGGUAUCGAAAAUCCCGGGAAACGAAGAAAGACAAUUCAUUAUAAGAGUAUUUCUGGUGGACGAUACGAUAUCUGUUUUCGAAUUGGCGAAACGAAACUCAGGCUUUCAGAGAUCCUUGUUCCAAAAACGGAUGCCGAUAAUACUACCUGAUCAGGAUAUUUUCACAAGCAAGAAACCGGAAUACUACAAAUCACACGAUUUUUACAUAGGAGCACGCUUAAACCUGCGCGACUUUCAUUUCGAAAUUACGUCCGCGGAUGUUUAUGCCCUGCGUUACAUGGAAUUACAUUGCGACAAGUUUCCCAAAGCGAACAGGAAACUGAUAAUGGAGAAACUUCGAGAGAAUUUACAGCCAGUUUACAAAGAAUUCAUUCAACUGUACGCACCGCCGAAGGACAACAUUCGAAUUUUAGAAUACGAAAAGCUUAAGGAGGCUUUAUGUCGCUAUAUGGGCGACAAGAUAACGGAACACGAAAUGAUUACGAUUGCUCGAUACUACUCAUCCCGUGAGAAAAUAGAACACCGUUCGAGAGAGUAUGUGAGAUGCCUGCUGCAUACGGAACUACACCGAUCUCUGUGGAACGAUCUUGUUCGCUUGGAAGAGGAUCUACGUUAUUGGGACGAAGAUAAAACGGGAUUUCUAUCUCGGGAAUCUCUGUACACGAUCCUGCGUGGCUGCAGGAUCCCCGUCGACGUGGAAUUGUUGAAUUCCAUGCUGGACCACUUGCGCAAAGCUGAAGACGGCAGAAUCGACUACAACGAUCUGCUGCAAUUCAUGAAUGUGAAAAUCGAUCCGUUGCCACCCGCAGAACCCGUAAACGUAAAAACUGCACUUUGGUGGGCUUCCGAAAGAGAACCAGAUUGCGGAGGGGGGAUAAACUGGUGCGAGUUUAUCAAGGAUUUAGACAUAAGGGCAGAAGAGGACGCGGCGGAGAAUAAUGGCAACAUGGAAACAAAACUCGCACUGGAGCACUGAGCGUGUUCGCAAUCGUAAUUAUCGCACAAAAAUAUUUUCUAAUUACUACAAUAAUAAUAUAAUAAUCUUUUUUCUAAUGCAUAUGCAUCCAUACAGUAUUUUACAUUGAUAUGUUACGCUCUGAUGGAAUUCUCAUAAUAUUUUGAAGAAUUUUAAAAUCUUAAAUUUAUGAGAUUUUUAAAUAAUUCUUUAAAUUUCUUUAAAUUUUACAAGUUUUUUUUAAAUUAUAGAAUGAUAAAUCUUAGAUAUAUUAUAGAAUUUAUAUAUAUAUAUGUAUACAUGAAGAAGUCUUGAAAAGAUAAUAAAGUUUUUCUCAGUUAUUUCUGAAAAUGCUCCAAUUCGUAUAAAUAAUUUGAGAAAUUUUUUAGAACGGCAUAAAAUUACAGAAAAUUGGAAAUUUAUGUAAGAAU